UAAAAUUAUGAAUCCAAAAGUAUGAAUCUAAUUUUUUUGAUUUCUUUAGAAUAUUUUUACAUUCUUUGUUAACAUUGUAUUGUAGGGGUCAAAAAAAUGUGUGCUUGUUGAGCAUGUAAUGUUCAAAAUGUAUUUUAGCCUGGCUACUUAUAAGAAUGGUUUGUAUUGUUUUUGUUGUGCAAAUAGCAUCUGAAUUUCCACAGUCACUCACUCUCAUUAUAUUUGAUCAAUUAAGGCUGCAAAAACUGAACCAAACCAAAGGUUGAUCUAGGCUAAUUUGGACAUGGCUAUACUGAUUUAGGGGAGAUCUAAUUCAAAGCCUUAAUUAAGAAACGAUUGUAUAACUGAACAUUGUAAAAAAUAUAAUAUAACAUUGCAUUAUGCAAAAAUUAAGCACUCAAUGAAAGGCCAACAACUUUUGAGACAUUCGUAAACUUUUUUUGUCUAAAAUAUAAAUUUCUCGUCUGAACUAAUUUAGUACAAUAAUUUGAUUGUUUUCACCUGUGUAAUUAUAUUAUAUAUAUCAUAUUAUUAAUAUAUCAUAUCAAAUUAUAUAUUAUUUUGAUUUUUACGUAAGUAUAUAAAUAAUGAUUUCAAAAAUCUGUUAAUCACAAUAUGCUGAUUCCAUACUACAUUCUGCUUAAAAAAUCUCAAGGGAAAAAUGUUCUGAGCAUACAAGCUGGUAAUUUCUGCUUUUUUAUUUUUGUCUGCAUGUUUCUGAGUUAUUAGAUAUUCGAAAUUAAAAAAAGAAAAUAUUUUUGUUCAAUCAGAAUGCAAAUCUUAAAAGAUGUUGUUCGCUCCCCAUUUGCACUACAGAAAAAGCACAAUAACUAAAAUAAAAUGUACUAAAAAUGAAAUAAACUUGAUAAAAUAGACUGUAAAAUUGCCUUUAUUUGGUAAAAUUGCUUUUUUCAAAACGUUUGUUGUUUAUUUCAUGGAAGCAGAAUAAAUAAAACCAAUUUCUUAAUUUCAUUUAAAAAAGGAAGAUUAACAUGGAAAGCAGUACACAAUAGUGGGUGAUUUUAUAAUAUUAUUGAUUUCUCCGUUGCAUUAGUGCUCUGCAAUGAUAAUAAAAAGAAGUUGUUGUCCACUGAAAUUUAUCUUAUCUGUUUUUGGUUGUACUUGUGAAAAAAAAAUAAGUAAUUUUUUUCUGGAAUUUUCUCAUUCAAACUAAUUUCUAACAGAAAUUUUCCUAGUAGAAAUUUUUCGAUUAAAAUAUUGGUCAUGGAAUUAUUUUAUAUUUUAUAUUUUUUAUAUACACAUUCUGUAAAUAAAUAAUCUUUUAAAUUAAUUUUGUAAAAUAGAGAUAUUUUAGCUUUUGAAUUACAAAUUUAAAUGAUAUCGUUGAACUAUAGCGUAAGAAGCACACCAAAAUGUAAAAUCUUUGCAACAUGGUGCCACAAGAGUCAAGAAGUGUUUUUUGUUUACAAUCUUACAGUAAACUGCUUCCUUUUUUGCUAUGUUGGUACUUUAAUACGUAGUGUCUGAACUGUCUACCUUUAACAAUACUUACACUCUGAUAGCCAACAUUUGCAGAAUGAGCAAACCAAAGUAUUUAACAAAUGUAUUUCAUUAUUAGAAACCAUGAAUACAAAGGAUGAGCUUUCAGAAAAACACAUUAAUGAUAAAAAAAUUAUUCAGCCAUGCAAGUAUCGUUGGGUUAUUCUGGCUUUGUAUGGCUUCGCAUUAGCUUCCAAUUAUAAUGCAUCAAUCAGUUAUUUUACCAUUAGUGAUAUGAUAUGUGAGCAUUACAACAUAACAGAUUCUGUAUUUCUUCUUCCAUCUACUAUUUCAACUAUCACAUGCAUAAUCUCAUAUGUGUUGGGCAUGUUUUUGACUUCUAGAUACGGUCUUAGAACAACAGUUGUGAUUGGAUCAGGUGCCAAUGCUAUUGGGGCUGCUUUAAUUAUCCCAGCCAGUCAGAGUAAUGGAUUUAUUUGGUUUUCUAUGUGUGAAGUUUUUUGGGGCUUUUCUUCUGGAGUAAUGUACCAAAUAGUGACAGAUAUUUCUGAAGUAUGGUUUCCUGCGCAUCAACAUGCACUUGCUACCAAUAUCAACAUGAUAAUGGCGAAUAUUGGUUGUGGAAUUAGUUACCUUCAGACCAUGUUUUUAUUCAGCAAUACAAAGUCUAUGUUGAAAGCAGACUUUCAAAACAGUCUUAAUAUUUUAAUCUACAGUCAAUGCGUUCCUUGUAUUUUAGCAUUUGUUUUAAAUUUGUUUUUUUAUCGUGAAAGUCCAAAAUAUUCACCUUCCUUAUCACAAGCUCAACGGACUGGCCCUGGACAAAUCUCCCUCCAGGAAACUGUAGGUUCAAUAAAAACUCUCGUGAAAGAUUUCAGAUUUGGUGUUUUUGCCCUUAUUUUAGGGUUUAAUUCUGCCUUUGACAAUAUUUAUACUGUGAUAGCAGAUAUUUUGAUAGCACCAAGUUACAGCAACAGCGAAAAGUUAGUUUCAAUGACAGGAUUGUUAGCUGUUGUUGUGGGAUGCAUUGGUUGCAUGUUGUUUAGUUUACUUCUUGAUAAAACUAAAAAAUAUAAAUCUCUUAUCAUGUUGCUGUUGUUUGUCUCUCUGGUAUUGUUCACAUUGUUUUUAGAAUUUCUAAUUCAUAUUUAUCCAGUUUAUGUGGUAUAUCUUGUAUCAACUUUGGCUUGGUUCUUUUUUACACCCUCUGCUGGUGUGUUAGCUGACAUCAUCUCUGAAAUCACCUACCCUGUCAAUAACAGCACUUCUUUUGCUCUCUGUUGCGUGCUUGGGGAUUUGCUGACUAUUGCAUAUAAACAGCUUUUUGGAUGGCUUGGUGAUAAACGUAAAACUGAUGUCAUGGCUUAUUUAUUGUGUGGCACCUUGGGAAUUCAGGUAUUGCUAUUAAUAGGAGUUCCAGUUGUUAAGAAACGAAGCUUGUGUGAUGGUAACAGUGUGGUUUCUUCAUUGGUUGAGGCAUAGAUACAAUCCAAAAGAUGUAUUAGCCACCAGUAUAAAAAAAAUAUUACACCAAUACUUUUUAAACAGUGGUUAUAUUAGAUUAUAAUUUGUUAUUUUUAGGAUUAUAGGAUAAAUAUAUGAUAUUUUGAUUGCUUCUA